UUUUAAAAAGAGUUACGCAUUUCAGUAGUGAACUAUUAUUCCAAAAAAUGAGUUGCAAUUACUUGUAUCGCUCCGUUUCUCACAGACUCCCUAACUUUAUUUGUUAUACCCCAAUUGCCCCUACCAUUUUCAGUCAUAAAUCCCCAUUUUGCCCUUCCCGGCGACGGCGACAAUCCCGUUCAUUUUCCAUCUCCGCCUGCAAUAGCUUCACCUGGGACGACGUUUUCCGAGUACCGGAAUCUCCUCAAAAUGACGACUCUGCCCUCUCUGGUUUUUUCGAUAAAAUCAAGCUUUGUAAUCGCGAUUUGGAGAAGCAAUGUGAGUUCAUGCCUUUCGUGAUUGAGGACCAAAUAAUUGGCUACGUUCACCAUGGGUUUGCUGAUUUUCUGAAGCCAUUUCAGAAUGUAUUCAUUUUCCCACAAGAUAAUACCUAUGGUAGUCAUUUUGGAUGUUACUGCACUUUACAUCCAAACCUGAGUACACCCAACGAUCGAACCAAAGCGGUAGCCAAUGUCGUUAAGUCUUUGGGCGAACUGAUCCCCGGCAUAAGAAAUGAGUUAUUUCCGGUCGCUUCAGCUUUCGGGGAACACAUAUUUUUUGCACUGGAACGAGCUGCUGCGCCAUACUUUGGGAUAAAGGCUUAUGGAGUUCAUAUGAAUGGCUAUCUUGAGAAAGAUGGGAAGGAAUUUUUAUGGCUAGGAAAGAGAAGUGAACAAAAAACCACCUAUCCUGGAAUGCUUGAUCAUUUAGUCGCUGGGGGAUUGCCACAUGAUAUUUCUUGUGGAGAAAAUCUUAUUAAGGAAUGUGAAGAGGAAGCAGGGAUACCAAGAUCUAUUUCCCAUACCGCUAAGCCAGUUGGAGCUGUGUCCUACGUUGACAUAGAAGGAUAUAGGAUGAAGAGAGAUGUCCUCUUUUGUUAUGAUCUUAAGCUUCCUGACGGCUUCAUUCCUCAUAACGAGGAUGGGGAGGUAGAAAGCUUUCGAUUGGUCCCAGUCACAAAAGUUGCAAAUAUCAUUCGAAACACAUCGUUCUUCAAAGCAAAUUGCAAUCUUGUCAUUACUGAUUUCCUUUUCCGGCAUGGGCACAUCAAACCAGAAGUGUUUGGGUACCUGAAGCUACUGCAGAGUUUGAGAAGUGGAUAUUGCUCCUAAGUAUAAUUGUAAAUUAUAUUGAUGGUUGAGGUAGAAGAGAACACCACACAAAGAAAUAUAAAUUUGAGUAUGUGCAACUUCGUCUAUGAUUGCAAAUUACUUGUUUAAAA